UAAUCCCCAAUGCAAUUUGGUGUAAACAUAAAAUGUCACAAAACGGAGGUGGAGCCAACAUCUACCUGAAUAGUUUUGAUAGCCUAAGUGCUUUUCCCGGAGGAAGAUGAUGUCAGGGAGUGUGUGUAUCUUGUGUUAUAAAGUAAGAUCCUGAGGGGGAAAACCCUGGAGUCCUCUACUGAAGCUUUACAGCUGCAUCUCGUCUUUCAUCUCCACGCUGCAGCGACACUAUGUGUGCGUCAUCAACGAAAUAACCAAAAGAAAUAUUUAAUAGUUGUAAGAGAGCUGAAAAACUUCAUGUGUGCAUUUUAGUCGCGUCCUGGCAGCGGAGAGGGAAGGAUGCUCGUGUCUGGGAUGUGAUUGGCUGUUUGUGCAGCCUCCCGGCUCGUGGCUAUAAAGCCUCGUACCGUCGCUCUGUGCGUCAGAGCGCAGACGAAGCAGGGAGAGGAUCCGGACACACUGCAGGACACGCUGGACACACCGUGAACUUUCACCACUGGAACACAUUAGAGAAAACGUAAUCAUAAAAAAAAGCAUCAAGCCAAGUAGCGGAACUCUGCUGGAAUAUUGAUCGGGAAACUUUGGCCCUGAACACGCAGGCUACACAACAACAUCAAGGUCCGGAAAAACAAGUUCCGACGCAGACCCGCGCUUCCAGGCCCACGGCAAUGCCCAGUGUGUGAAUAUGUGUGUGUGAGUGUGUACUUGAAGACUGCUGUGUGACUUUGAGUGAGCAAACGUCUUGCUGUGUGAGUGCGAGGCUCGUGUGAGGAUGAGGGCCGUCGCUCUGCUGUGUCUCCUGAUGGUCGCCGAGGUUGGAGCCUCUCGGUUCAUCCGUGACUCCCGAGGCGGGCUUGAAGCUUCAGAACCCUCCAAGAACAACGCCUCCAUCCUGCUUCCACCCUCACGGCCGGGCCGACCGCGGGGCUCCUUCCCCCCCAUGUGCAUAAAGCCUACGGAGAUCAAGCACGCCUUCAAGUAUGUGAACACCAUCGUGUCCUGCCUGAUCUUUGUGGUGGGGAUCAUCGGCAACUCAACGCUGCUUAGGAUCAUAUAUAAGAACAAGUGUAUGAGGAACGGACCCAAUGUCCUGAUUGGCAGCCUGGCACUGGGGGACCUGCUUUAUAUUAUCAUCGCCAUCCCCAUCAAUGUGUUCAAGCUAAUAGCUGAGGACUGGCCCUUUGGGGUGUACGUCUGUAAGUUGAUGCCGUUCAUACAGAAAGCUUCAGUGGGCAUCACCGUCCUCAGCCUGUGUGCCCUGAGUAUCGACCGCUACCAUGCAGUGACAUCAUGGAGCAGAGUAAAGGGGAUGGGGAUCCCUCUGUGGAAAGCAGUGGAGGUGACUUUGAUCUGGCUGGCUGCUGUGGUGUUGGCGGUUCCCGAGGCGCUGGCAUUUGACAUGUUGGAGAUGCCGUACAGAGGCAACAAGCUGCGUGUGUGUCUGCUGCAUCCAGAGCAGAGCGCCGGCUUUAUGAAGUUCUACCAGGAUGUGAAAGACUGGUGGCUUUUUGGCUUCUACUUCUGCUUCCCACUGGCCUGUACAGGAAUCUUCUACACUCUCAUGUCCUGCGAGAUGCUCAGUCGCAAAAAAGGCAUGCGGAUUGCACUCAACGACCACAUGAAACAGCGGAGAGAAGUGGCGAAGACGGUGUUCUGCCUCGUGCUGAUUUUUGCUCUCUGCUGGCUGCCGCUCCAUCUCAGCCGUAUUCUGAAGAAAACAAUCUAUGACCAAAAUGACCCCAACCGCUGUGAACUGCUCAGCUUCCUGUUAGUGAUGGAUUACAUCGGCAUCAACAUGGCCUCCCUAAACUCCUGCAUUAACCCCAUUGCCCUCUACUUUGUCAGCCAGAAGUUUAAAAACUGCUUCCAGUCUUGCCUGUGCUGCUGGUGCUACAGAACAUCUCCCCUGGAUGAACGAGGUUCAGGCGGACGGUGGAAGGGCUCUUGCCACGGGAACGGACUAGACCGCUCCAGCUCCCGCUCCAGUCAGAAAUACACAAGCUCUUCAUAAACACACACACGCACACACACUCAUCACACACCUCUUCUGCCAAACCCACGUUCCCAGCAGCUCCCUUUACAGAGAAACAGCGUCGUCACUGCCAAAUACCCGGUGAUCAGACACUUGUGAGGAGGGAAAAGUGGAGCGAGGUAGAAAUCACUUCAACAGGACCCACAGCAGACUGAAAGACUGUAAUAAAAGGAUCGACCGCAACUGAUGAAUGAAUUAACAGGACUGUACCUGUUCAUGCUGUAACACUAACUGCAAAAAAGUAUGAGGCUACAUAAAUCUGUUCAUACUCGACACUGAGGCUUGUGUAGAGGACUAAAAGUCUCUCAGAGGACCACUAUGGUAAUACAUUUAUGGAGAAUGUUUUUUAGGCCACAUGUAAAUUUAUGUACAGUAUUAUUUACUUUCAGAUUGCAGACCUAUGAUUAUAUCUAGCCUUAGUGCUUCAUGUAUGAAUAACAGCACUGAUAAGUAUAACCUGUUGAAGCUUUAAUACCUCACGGGGAAAAAUAGAGGGAAAAUGUAACCCUGAGCUAUUUUCCAAAAAGCCUCAAAGGUGUGAGCAUUUUCAUUUAUUUUAAAAAAGGCACAAGCAUGUCUCCUCAUAUAUAAACGAUCAGUGGCUGAUUAUCCGGCAAUCGACUGCAUGUUGUCACCACUCAACGCCCAUGUGCCCUGGUGACAUCAUACCAGGGUAAAAAGGGCUCCAGUCAUGGGGAAAGUCGUACAUCGGAAAUCUUUUAUCUGGAAAUCAUUGCUGCUUUAAGUCAUGUGGAGGGCAGCUGUUGUCCGAGAACACUGACAAAUACCAGAUGAUUCCCAUUAUGCUACACAGAAGAGGUCAUUAUUAGUACUUGUAUUAUUGCAGUAUUCAUGCUGUUGGUAAAUGGUCUCCAUUUCCACUGUGUAAAAAGUCUCAACUCAUCUCAAUGUAGCUUCUAUUUUUCUAAGAAAAUAUCACAAAACACACGGAGCUUAUUUAACCUUCUACACGAGGUGAUCGUCUAUUAUUUUCAAAUAUUUCACCUCCAUCAGCGUGUGGUCAUGUUUCAUAGAUUCCUACGGCUGGAAACUACUUCUAAGAGCUUCUUAAGGAAUACAUUUUCUAAAACUGACCCAUUUAAAAGCUUUCCGAGGGUAAAAGAAAUUGUGUACAGCUGGGUGUUUUUAAGAAGUGAAUGUUUUUUUUAAAAUUUCUCUUACUACCUAAUGAGCAUAGAAAUUAUUUAGAUGUAUUAGUUCUUUCCAUUAAAUAUAGUGAUCAGAUAAAUGCAGGUAACAUUUAUUAUUGAUUUAAUGUGUUUAAUCAACAAUUGUAAAGGAGAGAUACAGGCUAAAGAAUGAUCUCAUAAUGAGAAAUUAAUUAUGUAGUGGGUGGAAGAGAGAGAUAGUCCCAAUAUUCCAUAAUAACUUUAGAGUUAAGACAGAUGUAGCUAGAGGUUGCCGCAAACACUAAGUAGUCACAUACUUAUGAUAAAUCUUGUGAUGCCAACAUAUGAAGAAAAAAGUAUUUACACUAGUUUUGGCUUAUUAUCCUUUGAGGAAACCUGCACAUUCAUGCAUUAAAUCAUCAUGAGUUAUGCAUUAGUUAAGCACUACUUAAAUAUAUGAUUUGUACUCUUAUUAUAAAGCUUUACCAAAACUUUAAACCUAAAUGACUUUUUAACUCUGGCAGUAGUGAGCACAUACACUGAUGUACAAGCAAGAUGAAUCCAUUUUAUCCGGUGCUUUUUUUGCUCUCAGUACAUCGUGACUAAGAUGUGGUGUUGGAAAACUCACAUAUCCUGUGUUUUCUAUAUCACACUAUUAAGCAAAUGUUCUUUUACAACCUAAUUUGUGCUCAACAACCAGACAAUUGGCCUCAUGAAAGAACAUUUUCCUGUUUUUAUUCUAAAACUCUUUUUUUUCUGUGAGGUUUGCUCAUACGAGCGUCCACAAAACACUAAAAUUUAGGAAUGUCACUAUUAGGAGACCCAGAACAAUUAGAAAUGUUUUAAUCCAGCUGACGUGUCAUCAGAGCAGCUCUGUGCUGUGACAGAAAUAACGAGGGAAUGCUUUGACAUGCUAAAAUGUCUUUCUAAAGCAAAGCCGUCCAUGAUAGGAGGUAGUCAAGGGAUUUGACAGUCACAGAGAUAUUAGAGAGAAUAUAAAAUCUACAGGUGAUGUUUUACUGUCAGCUGCAACGCAAGAUGAUAGUGGACAGAGACCUGCAGAGACACACGGAGGCAGCUGUCGGAGUGAGAGAAGUUUCCAACAACUACUGAAAUGUAGAAGCUGCUGCGUCAAAAUAUGGCCAUAAAAAUGAUUAAAUCUAAAAAACCUUUCAGCCUUGACGAUGAUAAUAUGGUAAACAGAAUAUUAAUUUAGCCUUCAAUUUGUUUUGUUAAUUUGAGUAUCAUAAGUCAAACAAGUGUUUCUCCUCUGUGAAGAAAGGCAGAGAUGAUCUGUUCACGACAGGUACGACAGGUCUGGACCACUCGUAAAUUGUGCUUCUUGCAUGAAGCCCAAUGUGUUUGUUCACACAGCAGCAUUUCCUAAUAGACUGGAUUUAUGUUUAAUAGAUGAAUGUUGAGACAAAACAUUUCCUUUGCCACUGUAUUACUGUAAGAGUUUGCAACAGCGCUCCAAUCAGCUGAUCAUGCAGUAUGUGAUCACAUCUAUUUAUACCAUCUUCACCCUGUUUUUAGCUACAUCUAAAAGCAACUGGAAGAUCUGAGCAGCUUUGCAAGUAUGGGACCACCAAGCUAGACAUUAGGAGGUCAUGUGAGGUUGAAGUAAAAUGUAAUGUGAAUAUUGGCCCUGGUGUUUUGAAUUACAUUUAUAUUGUAUGUAUUUGUUGAGAGUAUGCAGUAAUAAAUAUUAUUUUAUAGCA